GUUGUCUUUGUUUGUUUCAUGAUCAGAGCAGCACAGACGUUUGAGUACGACAUUGAGUGGUGAUCGUUUCCCGUUUCAGUCUCAGGAAUCAGCCGAGCACCUGACGAGUCCACGAUGCGGCUCAUUCAACUCUUGACGGCGGCAACGUCCCUCACCCUGGCCGCUGCAAGCACGGUCGAUGGAACGGGGAAUACGUGCGGAGAUAUCCCGACCGUUGUCCUACCACAGGCGGCCGUCAAGGGUUUCCGUGACGAUCACUGCAACAACGUCUUCUUGGGGGUUCCGUUUGCCGCAUCGACCGGCGGGGAGAACCGAUGGCGCCCCCCUCAGGAUCUUGAACAGUCAAGAUCGACCUUCAAUGCCACUUCAUAUGGCCCAUCUUGCCCGCAGGCGAAACUGAAGCCGCACCUUAGCCCGCAAUCCGAGGACUGCCUGAACCUCAAUGUUUGGGCACCUCCAGAGGCGGAAAGCGGCUCUAAUUAUCCCGUGUUUGUUUACAUGUAUGGGGGUGCCAUGGUCACGGGCUCCAGUAGCAACCCGCAGUUACAAGGCACCAACUUUGCCCGCAAAGGCGUCGUAUAUGUCAACUUCAACACUCGCGAGACCAUCUUCGCCUCCCCGCAUUCGUCGGAGCUGAAACGAGCCCGUCCUGGGGAGACCCAGAACUUGAGCAUCCUGGAUGUUGAAAAGGCCCUGGAAUGGGUUCGCAAGAACAUUGAAGCGUUUGGAGGCAACCCCGACCACGUAGUGUUCGGUGGCCACUCUUCCGGCUCCAUUCAGGUUGACCACUACCUAUGGAACCAUCCCAAGACUUGGCUCAAGGGCGCCGUGCAGAUGAGCGCCAACGCCAUGUCCGGACCUGCCUAUGCACCAAUGGAUGAGGCCUUGAACGUCGUGGCCGCGGAAGUCGGCUGCCCAGCCGCGGGCCACGGCCAAAUAGACUGCCUCCGUAAAAUUGACGUUGAAAAAAUCGAGACGACUCUGUUCAACUCAACGUACCAUUCGUGGUUCACCCCCGUCAUUGACGACAUAACCCGGCACUCCGACUACGCGGCGCGGUUCGCCGCGGGCCAGUAUCCUUCGCACGUGCCACUGCUGACCGGCACCGCGGACAGAGAGGGCAGUAUCUUCAGUCUCGUCUUUGGCGGCAAAGACCACAGCUUCAAGUCGUGGAUCAAAACGUUCACUGCCGACACUGCGCACAUUCCCAACCGCGAGCUAUUCUGCGCUUACCAAAAGCCCAAGAACAACAGCGACGCCGACCGCAUCGGCACCCAGUACGGCGACGUCCGUUUCAACUGCCCCGUCGACUAUCUCAUCGACGUCCGCAGCGAGAAGCAGCUUACCUGGGUGUAUCGAUUCUUUGGGGAGUACGACAACGUUCGAGGCGCUCCCGGCACUGGACCGACGCACGGGACGGAAAUUCCCUUCUUUCACGGCGGCAACGAGUGCUUCUCCUUGCUAAAGGGGGUCACACCGGAACAGCAAGCGCUGGCAGACUUCACCCAUGACUGGUUCGUGGCAUGGAUAAAAGACCCCAUGGCCGGGCCCGGUUGGAGCAGGGCAUCACGGACGUCGGAUACCCUGGCCAAAUUUGGAGUGCCUGGAGACGAACUUGACCUGAAGAUUGGCUCAAGGGGGGACUAUAAUGCUAGGUGCCAAGCGUUAUAUGCCCCUACGUUCCCGAAGUACCCCGUCGUCCAGUCGGUGUGGGCUGGAAUGCCUCAGCCAAAGUAGUAGUAUAUUGACCCAAGGGGCACAGGCGCACAACUGAUAAAGAGACCUUGAUGGAGUAUCAGGGGAUCAACAAGAGCUAUAUAGGUGGCCGAGCGAGCCAGAGAGAGCAGUGGAAAAGCCGGCCAACUCGGAGGCUGACCCACAACACAUAUAACAGAGUAACAGUAUUUACAGUCGACCUAACCAGGCCUCAGGGCGUCGAAAUAGAGGAAUGCAUAAUUGUAGAUAGAUAUACUCUAAUUUAU